AUAAACCCGGUCGAGCCCCUAAUUUUCCGAUCGGGAGCAACGACCGUUGUCCGCUUCUUUCGCUGCUUCGCGGAAGAAUGAGAGCUGCGGAUUCCGAUCUCCGAUCGCAGCGUUUGGAGAGGGGAGUGGGUGAAGACUGAAGAGGACUCGAUUGGAUUGCCAGUUUCUCCUCUCUGGGUGCGGCGGCGAUGGCCCACGAGAGACCCUCCGCCUCCCCGGCCGCGGCCCUCUCUGCAGAUGGAAACAACCUGUUUCUUGACAUCCUACAUGAAGCUCCAUUCUCUGGUCAUCGAGAGCCUCGAAGCAUCUUUGGUAGUGCUUUAUAUUGUCUCUUGUUGGCAGGAUUUGCCGUUGUAGCUGCAGCAACUCCAUGGAUAUUUCUUGUAGUGCCAAAAUCAAUUCCAACACUGCUUUGUAGUUGCAACGUUCUACUUCUGAUCCUUACAGGUAUGUUUCAGCAAUAUUGGGUUUACCAGGUUAGAAAAGUGCGCUUGCAGGGUUAUUAUUCUUUCAGCCAAAGAUUGAAGCAUAUUGCUCGACUUCCUUUUGCUACCAUUACCUACGGAAGUGCACUGAUGCUACUUGUCUUAGUUUGGCAACCAUAUAUCAAGAUAUUAUCCAUUACAGCAUUGCUGAGGAUAGUCGUGCUUGUCGAAGUCAUUUGUGCUGGAUGCUUUAUGAGUGUAUAUGUUGGCUAUAUCCAUCAAUACAAUUCUUUGGAUAGCCAACCUGAUAUAUUGAGGCCUCUUUACUCUGCAUUACAACCAUCAAGUUCAUUGGAGGAUAUGAGAUAUUAUGAUGGUGGCCGUCUUUCAGACCAACAAAUGGCUUUACUGCAGUACCAACGGGAAAAUCUUCAUUAUUUGAAUGAAGAGGUUCUCCGUUUACAAGAAUGCGUAAGCAAAUAUCAAGGAUCUGAUGAUGGAAAUACUCCACAGGUUGAUCUUGCUCAUUUGUUGGCAUCUAGGAAUCAAGAACUUCGAGCACUGACUGCCGAGAUGAAUCAAGUGCAUUCUGAACUUCGCCUUGCUCGUAAUUUAAUUGCUGAGAGAGAUGCCGAAAUCCAGCACAUGCGAGUAACAAACGACCAGUAUAUCGAAGAGAACGAGAGACUAAGAGCUAUUCUAGGAGAAUGGAGUACUCGAGCAGCUAAGCUCGAGAGGGCACUUGAAGCCGAGCACUUGUCAAAUGUGGAACUGCAAAAGAACAUCGCAAAGCUGAGAAGCAAACCAGGCGGUCAGUGGACCGACAAGCAUCAAAGUUAAAUCGGCCCCUAAACAUAGGCACCUACUCUGGUGUGACUCAAACUCGUCCUUCGGCCAACAUUGUGCACAUGUAUGGAAGGCACUUCUGGAGAUGUACACAUGCCAAACAAAACUUAUGAGUUCUCAAACAGAGCUCAUUACUAGCAAUGAAGUGGUCGAUUUUUUACGCCCAUAGUAGACCUUAGUCGAGUGCUUGUAGAUAAAUAUGAAGAUGCAAUGGCUAUACAUCAUGGCUGUUUUGAUUUUUUUUUUA